AUGCCCAUUCUCAAGAUCGCCACCGAUCUACAAUCCUCCCAAAUCCCGUCUGACUUCUUGGCCAAAGCGAGUUCUUUGGUGGCCACACUGACGGGAAAGCCGGAAUCCGUGAGUCCCUUCUUUUGCGAAUGUUUCGAAUGUCGUCUUCUUUUAGUACGUCCAAGUGGUGUUAAAUAGUAACAAUGCGAUAUCUUUUGGAGGAAAGGUGAGCUCGUCUGCUUUUGUGGAACUGGGGUCUAUUGGGGGGUUUGGAGGCAAGACCAACGAAAUCGCCGAAGCUCUGACCGGUCUCAUCUCUUCCAAUCUGAAAAUCCCGAAGGAUCGGUAAGAAGUUAGGGUGAUUUAAACUUCUUUAGAUUUUACAUCAAGUUUACGGAGAUCGAAGCAAGUGAACUCUCCCACAAUGGUAGCACCUUCUAA